AUGCCUGGUCUGGAGAUCCCCGGCGAGUUCCUGAGAUAUGCGGUCCUGGACACAGUCGUGCCGCAUGCGCCGGGCCUAGACAUCGAGGGUGCGCUGACUGCGGCCCUGGAAGAUGGCGCCGACGAUCUACCGUCCGUUCUCUCGUCGAUUCCGCAGCGGUCACUGCUGUUCUUUGAUGAAACUCUCCCCGUUCGCAUUGUCCUGAGACUCGCCGAUUGCUCCGAUACAGUACUGAAGCACUUUCUACCCCGACUCGACGUGAGGCUAGAUGUUUUUGCCACUGAUCCAGCAGAAUCCGUUGCCGAAAACCCAGCGCCUACUCGCGAUCUUAUAUUCUCUGGUUUGGUCAGCGGCGAGGAGGAUCCGCUGGUGGUGUUCAACGAAUUCGAGUUCGAGGGGGGUGAAGGUAGCGGAAACCACGUCUAUCUCAUAUGGAACAUCGACGCCUUUCUCAAACGACCCCGUAUCCGCAUCCAGAACCCUUCUCUUUUCUUCGCUGCCUCUGCUACCCUCAACCCCUCUGACGCUUCCCUACAAGAUGAUCCCGAGGAUGAGUACAUCCCGCCGCUGGUUCCGGCCUCAACGAAUAUUUUCCAACCGUUGUCGGGAGACAAGUCAUUCGCUCAAAAGGAGCCUUUCCUCCCCGCAUCAAGGCUCCUACGUGUUGUGCCAACAACGACGAAUGAGGACCCCAUAUUCAAUAUCCAACAACAAAAUAGCCACCAGAUCCGCGUUGUGCCUGCGGCGAGUGCGAGGAUCCGUUACUCACGAUUAAAUGCAUACACCGGCGUUCCAACAACCGUCGCCAAUCUUGAUUUUGAAGUGACGCCAUUCUUGAAUUCCGAGGUUUCAUUGGAUAAAGCAGACCUUCGCCUGUCCGAGGGGACAAUUGAGCCGCUGUCGGACGUCCCUGGCCUGUCACUCCCCCUUACCUGCCGCCCAAGGGAUGAUGUGACCUUCGUGUACAAACUCACGCCCGAGUAUGGCCCGGAGACCAACCCGUCAUCGACCGCCAUGAUCAGCACACUCGAUAUUUCCUUGGGAGCGGUCAUCCAUCUGUCGGAUGAUUGUCAACCACGCAUUUCUAUGGAUUGGAAGACCAAUGUUGAUUUCUCCAUGGCCCUCAACCCGACCUUUGGUGGUCCCAGUCCAGCAUUGCAGCGAACUCACCGUCCCACCAGUUUGCCAAUGAACCCCAGCAACCCAAAUCACCCGAACCAAGCUGCUUUGACAGCGCCGGGAAACCCCAAUCGGAGCUCUUUACGAGAACGGGCAUACUCGGUCACGGAUGUUGGAGUCACCAUCUCGUUCUCGGGCCCGGUCCGCGUACAAGUCGGACUGCCUUUCUCCUGGGACGUGUUCGUGGUCAAUCGGUCCAGCGUGCCGCGUAAAUUUGCGUUAAUCGCUAUCCCGCGACGGAAACGCGUUGACCCGCGCGGUCACGUUGCCCGGCCGUCUUCCUCGUCGCUUUCCAGCCGCAAGGAGAACCAGGUAGCCGAGGCCGUGACGGACGACAAUAUCGUGCACGCCAUGCAGAAGAAUGUUACCGGCCAGGAGGCGGAGUUGAUUUGCUUGAGCACGGAUAUUCGCAUCGGGCCUCUCUUACCCGGUACCUGCCACUCGACAGAGCUGACGCUACUUCCGCUCGCGACGGGGGCCCUCCAUCUGGAAGCUGUCCGGCUUGUCGAUGUGAACACGAACGAGACGACUGAUAUUCGCGAUCUCCCGGACAUUCUCGCCCACGAUCAACCGCGAUGA